AGGCGGCGGCGGAGCUCGAGGCGAGACGGCGAGAGUGGGAGCGAUCGCGCGAGGUCAGGGCGAGGGCGAGGGUGGGGAACGCGUCGCCGUCGAGGCCGGACGAGCAAGGGCUGAAAUCGAGGGAUUCGAGCAUUAAGAAGAAUACGACGCUGAUUAAAAAGUUGCGGACGAUUACAGAGGAAAACGCGCGGGCGCUGUUGACGGAGCUGAGUAAGACGAAUGUGAGCAAGUACGUCAGCGAGGCGGCUUUGGCGUGCGUGGAGGGGAAGAUGAAGAGCUCGGACGUGAACGCGGCGGUGGAGAUCAUCUCUUGCAUGCACCAAACGUACGCCGACUUUGCCGCGCCGCUCGAAGAGGCGCUGCGCGCGUACGUGGUCCCACCGAGGCCCGAGACGCUGUUGAAGAUGGCCGAGGGUGAGAUCGAAGCGCUACCCUCGGCGUUGCAACGCCGGAUCAAGCUGCGUCUGUUUCUCGAACUUCACAUUGUCGGCGUGUGUCCCAAAGUGAAGCCCGUGCUCGAUGUGGUGAAGGAAUUGGCGCGUCUCGAAUACAAAAUCGCGCCUGAUCUGUAUCAACACACCCUGAGCACGCUCUCAAGCUUCGCGAAAACUUUCGCGGUAGAGAUGCUCGGCGCCGAGCCAGAGUUUGAGACGAACGACGAAGAUUUCGUUCUUCCAGCGGAUGUUCAGCAGGAGUUCAAGUCGACGCUCAACGAGUACUGCGACAGACUCUUCCUCGUGCUCAUGGAGGCAUUUUUUGCCAUGACGGAGCAAGAGCGCGAGAUAGCACGAUUGCUAGAACGUACCGGAGCGGUGAGCGAAUCUGCAUCUGUGGAGUUCGCGGCGCUCACGAAGGUUUUUGACGGAUUGUUGAAGGGGGCGACGACUCUUGCCGAGACGCUUGGACGAGAGCUUCCAGAGAUGAAAAAGAAGGUCGAGGAGAGGGUUGCACCCGUGGGAACAAUGGAACUACAUCGAGGUGGCGUGCGGACAUCGAGCGAACGAAGUGAUUUGUGGGAAGACGAGGAGCAGCGGCACUUUUAUGAGACACUUCCAGAUUUACAAGCCUCCAUACCGGCGGUGUUAUUAGCUAGCGAUACGCAAGAGAUCGAGUCCGAGACCGAGCGACUCAAGCGGGAAAAGGAAGACAUCACUGAGGGACGUACUGCAAAGUUACAGGGAUUAAUCUUGCGACUAUCCGACUGCAUGUCAAAGGACAAAGCUGAUUCAAUUUGCACAGAUUUUUGUUACAUCGGAGCUCGAGGUGGUAGGAAGCGUUUGAUUCAAGAGUUCCUGAACGUUCGACGGUCGGAGAUCGAUCGCAUUCCCUUUUAUGGUAGAAUGAUCGCAACUCUCGGGGCCGUUUUUGAUGACAUCGCUCCCACCGUGUCAAAGGCUCUCAAGGAGGAUUUUGAUUAUCUCAUGAAGAAGGGUACGCGCGCAAAUCUUGGCGAGCGGUUGAAGAACAUCAUUUUCAUCGGCGAGCUCGUCAAGUUCGGGAUGAUAACGGAUUUGAGUACGGUUUUCGAAGUCAUUAAACUACUCGUUGACGAUUUUCACGGAGACAACGUCGAUGUUCUGUGUUCUCUGUUUGAUGUAGCCGGUUACUACCUCACGAGAACACAGACAACGUCAAAGCGAAUGGGAAGUAUUUUGGACAUCUUCUUGCGACUGAAAGCCGUGAGCCAACUCGAUGCGCGUCAGUGCGCACUGGUUGACAGCGCUUAUUACAAGUGCAGACCAGUUCAGACGAUCAUCGUACGUAAAACUCGGCCGCCGAUGCAAGAGUACAUACGAGAUCUCAUUUUUUCUCAACUGUCAAAGCGGACGUUAGAGAAAGUGGCGACGCAACUCCGAAAGCUACCGUGGGACGAGACGGAGGAAUAUCUCGUGAAGAAAUUACUCAAGGUGUGCAAGCUCAGGCAUUCAUCGGUACCAGCCGUCGCUGCGCUGAUUGCAAAGUUGUCCCAGUUCUAUCCGACGCUUGCUGUGCGAUGUCUGGACGCUGUGCUCGAAGAUGUUCGAUUCGGACUAGAAGUAAACGAGACGUGGAUGCACCAACGACGUGUCGCAAAUAUGAGGCUUCUUGCAUGUUUGUACAAGGAACGCGUCUCGCACUUCCGCGAGAUCCUUGACACGCUCUACCUGAUAAUUUCUAUCGGUUAUGAUGGGCGCGAAGCGAAGGACUACCCGGGCGACACGAUUCGCCUCCGCAUGGUUUGUACACUUUUAGAAAACGCCCUUAAAGGCCACGGUGCGAUGAAUCACGCGCAGCGAAAGGAACUCGAUAGAUUUCUCAUCUUCUUCCAGCGCUAUGCCCUAACAAAGGACGUCGCUGUAGAUGUUGCAAACGACGUCGUGGAGGUGCUGGUGGCGUUGAAUCCGCGAAUGAAAAUCUGUGAGACUUACGAGGAAGCGAAUGCCGAGUGUAAAAAACUUAUCGAGAAGCCAAAUACUACGCCUGGUGGCAUGGAGACCGUAUUGGAAGAAGAUGAAGUUGAGGGGUUGAGUGAGAGUGAGGAACCUGAGGAUGAAGACAUGGAGGAGUCGGCGGAUGAGGAGGACGAAGAAUCAUCCGUUAGCGAGCCCUCAGUCGACUCGGACAUGGACGUCAAUGAUGAACAUGCGUCUGGUGACGGAUCCGAGGCUUCCGAAGAGGAGCAGGAAGUUAAAGUUCGCAUGAAGCUCAAGCAAGCUUCGAUGCAAGAGCAGCGAGACUUCGAGCGCGAAAUGAAUAAAUUCCUUGGCACACCUGCUAAUCCGGCCCUUGGUAGUGCUACACGAAACUUCUCGAAAGCGAGUAUUUACAAACCGAAGAACACUUCUGGGGGUACAAUCAUGUUCAAAAUGUUGGUAAAGAACCAGGGAAAGCAGGUCACGAAGGAACUCAAUGUACCUGAGGGCGCUGAGUUUGUGGCGAGCGUCAAGGAGGUCAUGAAAGCUGAAGAGGCUGAGCUCGCUGAAGUGAAGCGCAAAGUGCUCAAUAUGGGAUACCGCGAUGACGAAGAUGAGGGGUCAAAUUUCGUUCCUAGAUCGCGUCAUAAUUACGGCUGGCGUGAGAAACCAAACGACCGUAGAGAAUUUAAUGCGUCGAGAUGGCUGUAG